GUAAAAUUUAACAUUACUUUAUAACAUUUUAAUUUGUUUUCGGGUUGUUUUCCUAUAGAUGUCAUGUUUUAGAAAAAUGUUAGGUUAGUUCUUUUGAAAUCCGCCCGCUUUUCCAAAAUUGACAGUUCUGUAAAAGUCACUAAGUUCUUUUCGAUUGUCCAUUGGCGGUGGGCACACGUGAAUUAGUGAAUAUUUAAGCCGCUUUUAUUUAUUAUAGCUAUUUUGGAUAAAACAUAACUCAAAAUGCCUUCUGACGCCAAAAAACGUGAACAACAAAAGAAAAAGGACGCAGCAAAAAACCGCGGAGGAGCCAAGAAACCAGUGGAGAAAAAGGACGAACCCUCAGGAACUAACGGGGUUACUAACGGAACUACUAACGGAAAAGUUGAAAAAGAAAUCAGUGCAGAAGAGGCACUAUGCGCGAAACUGGAAGCAGACGCGAGGCUGAACGCCGAAGCGAGAGCUUGCACCGGCUCCCUGGCCGUCCAUCCGAAAUCUCGCGACGUGAAAAUCGCCAACUUCUCCAUCACCUUCCACGGCGCGGAGAUGCUGCAAGACGCCACGUUGGAACUGAACUGCGGCCGAAGGUACGGCCUGCUGGGCCUGAACGGCAGCGGAAAGUCCACCAUCCUGGCCGUGCUGGGCAACAGGGAGGUCCCCAUCCCGGAGCACAUCGACAUCUUCUACCUGAGCAGGGAGAUGCCCGCGUCGGACAAGUCGGCGCUGCAGUGCGUCAUGGAGGUGGACGAGGAGAGAGUGAGGUUGGAAAAGAUGGCCGAGAAGCUGGUGGCCAGCGAGGACGACGAGUCCCAGGAGCAGCUGAUGGACAUCUAUGAGCGUCUCGACGAAAUUUCCGCCGACACGGCCGAGGCCAGGGCCGCCAACAUACUGAACGGUUUGGGCUUCACGCCCGAGAUGCAGCUGAAGAAAACCAAGGACUUCAGUGGAGGUUGGAGGAUGAGAAUCGCCCUGGCCAGGGCGUUGUACGUCAAGCCCCACUUGUUGUUGCUCGACGAGCCCACCAACCAUCUCGAUCUGGAUGCUUGCGUAUGGUUGGAAGAAGAACUCAAAAACUACAAGAGAAUUUUGGUGCUCAUUUCUCACUCUCAAGAUUUCCUAAACGGCGUCUGCACAAACAUUGUCCAUAUUAACAAAAAACGGCUUAAAUAUUAUACUGGUAAUUACGAUGCUUUUAUCAAAACACGCUCGGAACUCCAAGAAAAUCAAAUGAAGCAAUACAAUUGGGAACAGGAUCAGAUCAAUAACAUGAAGAACUACAUCGCCCGGUUCGGUCACGGUUCUGCCAAACUGGCCCGCCAAGCGCAAUCGAAGGAGAAAACGCUGGCGAAAAUGGUGGCGCAAGGGCUCACGGAAAAGGUCACCAGCGACAAGAUCGUCACCUUUUACUUUCCCAGCUGCGGCACGAUCCCUCCGCCCGUGAUCAUGGUGCAAAACGUCAGCUUCCGCUACAACGAUGACACGCCCUACAUCUACAAGAACUUGGAGUUCGGUAUCGAUCUGGACACGAGGUUGGCCCUGGUGGGGCCCAACGGAGCCGGAAAGAGUACCCUGCUGAAGCUGCUCUACGGAGAUCUGAACCCCACUGAAGGAAUGAUCCGCAAAAACUCUCACUUGCGUAUCGCCAGAUACCACCAACAUUUGCACGAACUUUUGGACCUCGAUCUGUCUCCUCUGGAAUACAUGAUGAAAGAGUUCCCCGCUGUCAAGGAAAGGGAGGAAAUGAGAAAAAUCAUCGGAAGAUACGGACUUACCGGAAGACAACAGGUGUGUCCGAUUCGUCAACUGUCGGACGGGCAGCGUUGCCGCGUCGUGUUUGCCUGGCUGGCCUGGCAGGUGCCGCACCUGCUGCUGCUCGACGAACCUACCAAUCACUUGGACAUGGAAACCAUCGACUCGCUGGCCGACGCGAUCAACGACUUCGACGGCGGUCUGGUGCUGGUCAGCCACGACUUCAGGCUCAUCAACCAGGUCGCAGAUACCAUUUGGGUAUGUGAGAACGGAACUUGUACCAAAUGGCAAGGCGGUAUUCUGGACUAUAAGCAGCACUUGAAAACCAAAGUUCUAAAGGAUGUCGCAAAACGAAAAUAAUUGUAGUAUUUUUUUUGUAUAGUAAAUUAAUUUUAUUAGUAUAAAGCCUUGUAUUUGUGCCGUUCUAGCCAUAUACAGUUUUAAACUACUAAUUAUUUAUUUUCUAUAAUGUUGCUUGUAAUUCUUGGAAUUUUUUAAAAAUCACUAGCUAAUUGUUUUGGCCCAUGUAAACUGUUUAUAUACAAGUGCACAUUCUUAAUAUCAGGUAUUUUAAUUAAUUAACAAAUUUUUUAUUUAAGAAAUUAUAAUAUUAUACAUAAUUAAUUUCGUUUUUUUGGGGGUUAAUUUUGUGAUAAAACUCAGUAAUAAACCAAUCUAUUACAA